GUCGAUGCCUUUCGCCACGAUCGAGACCUGUUCUACGGCCGGUGUACCAACGUGAUCAUGCCUUGGUAUUACCGGAUGAUGGGCUUCAAGUUCAUGCCUGGUGUUGUCUACAUGCAGAGCAAGAAGGGCGUCCUGAAGCUCCAGCGUGAGAAUGGCAACGCGAUGGACGUCUUUCAUGUUGUUUCGCAGUUGGCUCGGCCGAGCGUUAACAUCUCUAUGGACAAGCUGGAGAAGGCUGGCGUGGAUAAGCUAUCCCUUGAUCGUUGCAAGCAAUCGGUGGCGGACGGCCUCUUCAAGAAGAAGGACAAGGCUGGAAAGGAGAUCUAUGGAGUUUGGGACAUUCAUCCACAGCCCACGGAUGUG